CCCCGUGUAAGAGUGAGGUGGAGGAGGACAUUCCAGUCCAUGUGACCACAGAAAAUCUCAGUAAGAAGCCUGAAGAAAACAUCAUGUUAUCUCUGAAUUAUAAAGAAAAUCAGGAUAUCAUGCAGCGCUCUUCAGGAGAAAACCUCAUUGUGUAUCCAUUGCUUCUCAUUACACAUCCAUCAUAUAAUCCCCCUAAUCACAAGGAACCUUCUCCUGACCAAUCGCAGCUUGUUAUCACAAGUAUUGGGCAGAAAAGGGGUAAAAGGUUUCAAUGUGGGGAAUGCGGAAAACAGUUCACAUAUUCGUCAGAACUUUCUGUACACAGAAGAAUUCACACAGGAGAGAAGCCGUAUUCAUGUUCAGAAUGUGGAAAACCUUUUUUAAAUAAAUCAAGUCUUGUUAUACAUCAGAGAAUUCACACAGGAGAAAAACCUUAUUCAUGUUCAGAAUGUGGGAAAGGUUUUAUAAGUAAAUCAAAACUUGUUUUACAUGAGAGAAUUCACACAGGGAAGAAGCCGUAUUCAUGUCUAGAAUGUGGGAAAUGCUUCAUAAGUAAAUCAAAACUUGUUAUACAUGAGAGAAUUCACUCAGGAAAGAAACCUUUUUCAUGUUCAGAAUGUGGGAAAUGCUUUACAGACAAAUCAAGUUUCGCUAUGCAUGAAAGAAUUCACACAGGAAAGAAGCCAUAUUCAUGUUCAGAAUGUGGAAAAUGUUUUAUAAAUAAAUCGGAUCUUGUUAAACACGAGAGAAUUCACACAGGAGAGAAGCCGUAUUCAUGUUCAGUAUGUGGGAAAUGUUUUACCCAGAAUGCAACCCUUGUGAAACAUAAAAGAAUUCACACAGGGGAGAAGCCAUUUUCAUGUUCAAAUUGUGGGAAAAGCUUUACAAAUCAGUCAAAUCUUGUUACACAUGAGAGAAGUCACACAGGAGGGAGACCGUAUUCAUGUUCAGAAUGUGGGAAAUGUUUUUCCCAGAAAUCAAAUCUUCUUGCACAUUGGAGAAUUCACACAGGGGAGAAGCCGUAUUCUUGUCUAGAAUGUGGGAAAUGUUUUGCAAAAAAAUCUGAUCUUGUUAGUCAUGAGAAAAGUCAUACUGGAGAGAAGCCAUAUUCAUGUUCAGAAUGUGGGAAAUGUUUUACACGUAAGUUAAAUCUUAUAAAACAUGAGAGAAUUCACACAGGAGAGAAGCAGUAUUCAUGUUCAGAAUGUGAGAAAUGUUUUACCAAGAAAUCAAAUCUUGAUCAGCAUAAGAGAAUUCACACAGGAGAGAAGCCGUAUUCAUGUUCAGAAUGUGGAAAAUGCUUUACACAGAAACCAAGCCUUAAUCAACAUCAGAAAAUUCACACAGGAGAGAAGUCGUAUUUAUGUUCAGAAUGUGGGAAAUGUUUUAGAAACAAAUCAAGUCUUGAUCUGCAUCGGAGAAUUCACACAGGAGAGAAACCAUUUUCAUGUUCAGAAUGUGGAAAAUGCUUUACAGAUAAAUCACAUCUUAAUAGACAUGAAAGAAUUCACACAGGAGAGAAGCCGUAUUCAUGGUAAGAAUGUUGGCAAUAUUUUACAAGUAAAUUAGAGCUUGAUCAACAUAAGAGAAUUCACAUAAGAGAGAAACCUGUUUGAUAUUUUUACAAGGAAAUUAAAUUUUGAAAGUCAAAAGAGAAUUGACACAGAGAAUAAACCACAAUCCUGUUAAGAAUGUGGCAAAUGUUUUAAGAGAAAAAUAAGACUUUACUCAUAACGGCCUUCUUUACUGUCAGAGCAGUGAUGAUGAAUUGUCCUCAUGAACCUCCUAUCUUCUUACUGUAUUCAUACCUCCACCCACACUGCAGGAGACUUCAGAGGACAUAGUGUAAGGGGAAGGACUCCCCAUGAAGACUUUAUCUAACAUUUGGACAUAUUGAUAUUCGAUCUUCAUACAGUAUAUAAAGGUAAAAGUGAUGGAAUAGAAGAAAACAGCGAUAAUAAAUUUGCAGUAAUGGACUGAGCAUGGCGGAUUACUGAUCAGCAUCGUUACCCGGUAGCUCUGGGGUCCUGGUUUCAAAUCUGACCAAGGACAACAUCCGUAUGGAGUUUGUAUGUUCUUCAUGUGGUUUCCUCUCACACUCCAGAACCAUACUGAGAGGGUAAAGCAGGGAUCAGCAACCUCCGGCACUCCAGGUGUUGUGAAACUACAUCUCCCAUCAUGCACACUUGCUUGACUGUUCUCUAAUCUCCCACAGAAGUGAAAGAAGCAUGCUGGGAGUUGUAGUUUCACAACAGCUGGAGUGCCGGAGGUUGCUGAUCCCUGGGGUAAAGAGUUUGGCUGCUUUUUAUUUUCAGAAAUGUGUUCAAAAUGCAGUCACUUACUAAUAUCAUGUCUUUAGAAGAUGUGCUCUGCAGUCCUUAUGACUAUGCGGCUGCCACUUGUGUUCUCCAGCUGGCCUCACCGAUUGUCCAGAACAUGGUAAUGGAGGGACAUGUGCUCAGACCAGUCUAUCAGUGGCCUCCAGUAAAUCUCACUAUAUAUGGGCUGGGAAACUGGUAUGUGUACAGUCCCUGUGCUACAGAUUGACAGGUCUGGCCACCGGACCCUCCAUCAGUGGUCAUGUUAGGACAGGAGAACCGCUCUAUCGGGAAGUGUCAACUAUAACCUCAGUCCUCGAAGUUCUUUUCAGACUCUAAUAAUGAGGAUGCAACAACAUUAGGCUAUUAUAAAUAAUAUGAUAUGAAUAAAACAAAAUAAAAACACUAAAUAUGUCGAUUUUCCAACCAUGUACCCGAAUAAGGGUUCAU